AGUUUUAGCUCUAUGCAUGGUUAUCUGGAUCAAUAACCUUCUAGUUCAAAACAGGGUUAUACAGUUGAACCUUUGUAACUGGCUGUGAUAAUUUGACAAAUUUAUUUCCAUGGAACCUGAAGUUGUGAAAGAGGUUUCCGAUCUAAAGAUAAGUAAUGGAGAGGAAGACAUCGUUGACCCCUGGAAUGUCACGAGUACAUCCCAAGAAGGAGUUGAUUAUGACAAGCUGAUUAAGAGGUUUGGCAGUUCUAAAGUUGAUCAGGAACUUUUGGAUCGUUUUGAAAAAGUUACUGGAAAACCAAUGCACCAUCUUUUAAAAAGAGGAAUAUUUUUCUCACACAGAGAUGUCCACAGCAUUUUGAAUAUUGUAGAGCAAGGAAAGUCUUUUUACAUAUAUACUGGGAGAGGACCUUCUUCAGAUUCAAUGCAUGUAGGACAUUUAGUUCCCUUCAUCUUUACAAAGUGGCUUCAAGAUGUUUUUGAUGUUCCUUUAGUUAUUCAGCUAACUGAUGAUGAAAAGUUUCUGUGGAAAGAUCUUACUGUAGAAGAAGUCCUAAAGUUAGCAAGAGAAAACACCAAAGAUAUCAUUGCCUGUGGUUUUGAUGUUAAUAAGACAUUUAUUUUCAGCAAUUUAACAUAUAUGGGGCGAUGUCCCAACUUUUACCAAAACGUGGUAAGAAUUGAAAAAUGUGUUACUUUUAAUCAAGUUAAAGGAAUAUUUGGAUUUGGAGACAGUGAUGUUAUUGGAAAAAUAAGUUUUCCAGCGUUCCAAGCUGCACCAUCAUUUUCAACUACUUUUCCUUUUAUCUUUGGAGAUACUAGAGUACCAUGCUUGAUUCCAUGUGCAAUUGAUCAGGAUCCAUAUUUCCGUAUGACACGUGAUGUGGCUCCCAGACUUGGUUACCCAAAACCUGCUCUUUUGCACUCAACGUUCAUUCCUGCUCUUCAAGGUGCUCAUACAAAAAUGUCUGGUUCAGAUUCGAAUACUGCCAUAUUCUUGACAGACACACCAAAGCAGAUAAAAACUAAGGUAAAUAAGUAUGCAUUUUCUGGAGGGCAGGCUUCCAUUGAAGAGCACAGAAAACUUGGAGGUAACACUAAAGUAGACACAUCCUAUCAGUACUUGAGGUUUUUCAUGGAAGAUGAAGAUAGACUUGAAGAAAUCAAAAAGAGUUAUGAGUCUGGUGAAAUGCUUACUGGUGAAUUGAAGAAGAUUUUGAUUGAUGUUCUUACACCAAUUAUUACUGAACAUCAGCAGAGACGACAGAAGGUUACUGAAGACUUAGUUGAUGAAUUUAUGUCACUGCGGCCUCUUAAAUUCAAGCAUUCUCCUAAUUUGUCAUAGUUGUAUUUAAGUUAAAGGCUGUUUCUACUAUUUAUUGCAUUUAUUUGCAUUCCUUUUUUUUCCCUCCCCAUUCAUU